CAGCAAGGGCGUUACGAGGGAGCCUGAACUGACUGGUUCGCAUUGUCGUGCGAACGUGCACCGUGCUAAGAUAGCCGGCCACAAUCGAUUGGUCAAAGUCAAUCAUCUGACGCGACGGCAGGUCGCAGCGACCGUGAAUACGACGGGCAUCCCGCGACCCGCGCCGCUCAGUGGGACGCAGUGGGCCGCCUCGAGCGCUUCCUGCCUCACAUCCAAAGGAACACCCCACAAACAGAACCACGAACUCUAGUGCCAGUGUUGUCUAAAUGUUUCGAACGUAGUUAUCAAUUGAUAUAUACUUUCAUAAUUAAAUUCAAAGCCGUAUUACGUCCGACCUACGAUGUAGAGCUGCCGACUCGUCGGAGGAAAAUGAAAGAGGGCGGUCGCGAGGAGGAGCCGACCAACGCGGCGGAGGAGGUGCAAGGUAGCCGCAUUGAGCGCACGUGCUGCUGCCUCGGCGUGUUGGUGGGCGUCUCACUCAUCGCCGCCCUCGUUGCUGUGAUUCUAAUGAAAGAUACAACAGUCGAAGUCACAGUUCUACGACAAGUCCAUGUGCUAAUGUCGCAUGGCGAGCGUACCCCAAGCGAACGCGAGUUGGCGAUGCUAGGCGCCCCCCCACCCGAACAUGUGUUCGCACCUUACGGCGCCGGCGCAUUGACUAAUGAAGGCAAAAUGGCAACGUUCGAAAUGGGCGCAUUACUUAGAAAAAGAUAUAAUGAAUUCUUGGGACCUUAUUACGAAGAUGGUAAACAUGUCGUGAUAACGUCGGACACUGAUCUAAGCAAAGUAAGCGCGCUGCUGAUAUCUGCGGGCCUGUGGCCGCCUCCCGCAGAGCAGGUGUGGAACGACACUAUGCAAUGGCAACCUGUGCCUUAUUCAUACCCACCAAGAGAUACUGACUACUUAUUAUACGAAGAGAACUGUCCGCGCUAUAACCAGGAGAAGGAGAGAAUACUACAGGCUUUCACAGAGGAAGGACUUUUAGCGCCAUACCGCGACUUCUUUCACAAGAUCGCAACGCUCACUAAUACUAACUUCAGCACGCCGAGAGAAGCUUUUUACCUUAAUAAUCUUUUCACAAUACAAGAUGAUAUAAAAGUCGCAAAUCCAAAGUGGGCUAAACAUGUUAAAAGAAAGUUAAUGGAUGUAGCAAGACUUGAAUUUAUGAUGAUGUUUCACAACAACCUAUUGAAGAAAUUGAGCGGCGGAGCAUUACUUCACGAGAUAAUAAAAGAAUCUCUACAAAGUGGGAUACCCAGCCGCAGUUUAGUUGUUCGUAUCGGUACACCGGUGUCGGUGGCGGCGCUGCUGGCUGCGUGCGUGGCCCCGCCCCCGCGCCCGCCCGACCCCGGCGCCGCACUCAUCAUAGAGCUACACGAGAAAUUGCCCUCCAAGGACCAUAAAGCUAUCGAUUCGAUCGCGAAACGAUACGGUUUUAAGAUAUAUUACUGGGACGAUGACUCGGCGGAACCUCGUCUGAUAGAAGUAGUGGGGUGCGAACCAUUCUGCUCUUUGGAAACGUUCAAACAUUUGACGCAACAAGUUUUGUCUUAUGACUACAAAGAAGAUUGCAAGUUAGUCUCUACAGACAUAAAUAAAGAUGGAUUAUAAGUGUAAUUAGAGUUAUUAAUUUGAUAAGUGAUUUAUAACCAUAUUCAGUCUUACUAAGGUUGUUCUCUGAACUGUUAUUGAACAUUAAACGACUGUAUG